AUGGGUUGCUUUUCCAAGCUGCUGGUCUCAGCUGUCUUUGCCAUUCCUCUGGCUUCCGCUCAUCUUGCCGCGUAUACCCCUGGCAUGUUCUGCCCAGAUAACUCCUACCAGGGGGAUUUGACCAACGCGACGGACGAGAACUUGGUGGUUUUCGACCCUCUUUAUAACCUGAAAGCCGACAGUUGGUUUCUAUCCAAGGGCCGGAACUGCCUGCUCGCCGAGCCCACCGGAGUCUGGGAAAUCGAAGCCAAUUCCAUUAUUUCCGUGCCCUGGGCGAACUGGCAGAACUCCACCGGCUAUUAUGCCGACGGCAAGGAACUGAAUGAACGCCCGAUUCCUUACUCGGUGACCAACCCGGAAGUUGUUGCCCAGGGUCUGGUCACUGAGUCCAAGGGGUUGGGCUCGCCCAACUUGCACGCUGCAAACAAGUCGACGGCCGCUGGAACGGCCAUCGCAAUCGCCUAUGAGAGCAACGUCUGGGCGGUAACCAUGGACAAGCUCGUUGUUAUCUCCACUGCUCCUGAGACUCCCUUUGAGCGAGUGGCUAACUACCCCAUCCCGGACCUGGCGCCCUGCCCAGAGUGUAUCUGUGUGACUGGAUGGGUUCCAGCUGGCUUCGGCGAACAGAACAUGUACAUGGCUGCCCACAAGUGCAAGAUCACGAACCCCACCGGGGGCAAGAAGCCCAAGACCCCCAGCGCCGUCCCCGGCCAGGGAGUCAAGGGUGCCAAACAGUUGAUCGCAGCCUUUCAGUUGGAAGGGAACAAUGUCGACUAUACCCCGGGCGAGACUCCCCCAACCUACUCUCCUCGCAUGGGUUACUUAGAGGGGGCACAGACCGAUAUUUUUUGA